CUGUAAAUUGAAGGAAAUAGUUUUAUUCGAGCAGUAUUUUCGAGCAGCUCCAAUACGCGUACUCGAAUGUCAAAGGGCUGUGCGGUAAAAAAAACACCCCAAAGCAGUUGAACAAAAAUGAACGUCGACGAAUCUCCACUCGAACAUAUUCGUACUCAAAAACGGUACGAACUGAAAUGGGAACAAAAAAUACACCGCAAAAAGGAGCUCGAUCGUAACCGGGCCGGUCUGGGUGAGCUGCACCAUUCGGUCGGUGUAAUUGAACACAUUUCGGAGCAGGAAAUCAAAGGACUGGCCGGUCGAAUCAAGCGCCGCAAGCGUUGCGAACCGUUGGAUCUGGUACGCUUGAGUUACGGGUUUCAACAAAGCCGGGAAAACAUUUCCCACUUUAUCCGCAUCACUGGUGCGAUCAAUGUGAUUGUGAAGGAACUUACCGGGCACGAUUACAAUCUGCAGCUGCUGGCUGCCGAAUGUUUGUGCAAUCUGUCGCUGGGGGAUGAUGUGUGCUGUGAGAAGAUAGCCAACUAUGCCGGCACGUACCUGAUUGCGCUAACCGAAAACCCAAACUGUCGGCCACUACAACAGACUUGUUUUUGGACGUUGCAGAAUAUCGUCGGCUCUAGCCCGAAGGGUAGCAAACUGUUGUUUACCCAAGGGCUGGUGGUAGUGUUGGUUCGGCUGCUUUCAACCGUUACGGAUCAGGAAGCUGCAGAUGAUAUCAUUCUUACGUUAGAAUUAGCACUUAAUUACGAGCAGGAUAUUGAACCGAACACAAUCCCGCAAAUAGUUCAAUGUUUCGAAGGUAAGGAGCUGCAUCCUAGUAGCCUCCGACUCCUGUACAAAUGCUACGGUCUGAUGCAGAACGAGCUACUAGUAAAUGGUUCCUUUACUUACAUUAUCCGGCAAUGUUUAGACUUUCUGUCGAGCAUUAUGGACCGACAUCUACCAACGAAUGCAGCAUCGAUUUUGCUUUCCAUACGUAUACUUGUUCAUCACAUGGUGACCAAUGCUAACUGCAUCGACGAAAUUCUACAGUACCAGUUACAUAAAAGUACAUUAAAAUUCUCGACACUUUUUAACAACUGUGCUAAGGAAGAAAUGGUGCCAGUUUGUAAGGAAUUCCUGUGGUUACUAGGCCAAAUCCAUAGCAACGGGACACUUGGAAACAACGCGGAAUUAUUCAAAUCCUAUCUGGCUUUUGACAAUUUUGUGGAACAAAUUACUGUCCCCAAAGCACUGCUCUAAGCACCGAGCAAAUAACAGAAACAGUUGCUUAAUAUAAGACUGCUGCCCUCGCAAUAUUGUUGAAAUUUUGAACUUUAAAUUAAAAUGCGUUUUGUUUUUGAAU